GACGAGGAAAUUGGGUUGUCGACUCGUGGGGUCCCUCAGGGGUAGGCUCACAGUCUCACACCCUUAAUUCAUUCACCAACACCAGUUUUGUAGAAAUGAUCAUCUUUCUAUUCUUUUAUGCCAUCUUUGUAGCAAAUGCUGCAGAGGUGAUCAGGUCAGUGGAAGUAAAAUGCAUGACACGAAGGUGCAGCCGCGGAGGACCAGCUGUUGGAUACCCGUUUUGGCUGAGAGAUCGCCAGCCUGAAUGCUGUGGAGCUAGGGAAAUUCCUGGGUUUGAGCUGUUUUGCGAUGACAAGAAGAAGACAGUGCUCAGGCUGCCAAAUUCAAUCGUCAACCUGUCUGUAAGGCACAUUGACUACCAAGCUCACCGGAUAGAUUUGUAUGAUCCUGAUCACUGCGUUUUAAAUAAACUCCCCUACCUCAAUCUAUCAGAUUCUGCUCCCCUCCGGCUCUUCAAUCCUCAAAGCUUGAUGGAAGUUGUCUUGUUUAGCCGUCUUACUGAUAAGGGAUUAGAAAAGAACAUUGUCCCCUGUUUAUCCAUCAAAGUCAUACCAGCUGUUGAUCAGCUGAAUACAACCUUCCUCGUAGGUUACAGUAGGAUAAGUGAUGUAACUAGGAUUCCCAUGAAACUGCAUGAUAAUAUAUACGAUGGACGGCUCGGUUCAGAAGAUAUGGAUUAUGAAAUUCAAUUAAGUUGGCACCACCUUGUCUGUCACAACCAGAGAGAGCAAGGCCAGCGCUGCAGCUUGAACUUUCAGAUCAACCAGGAGGAAACCUACUGUAACUUGGAUUCCACUCACCGGGACGGUACUAAAAAAAGAGCAGCCGUUGUAGUUCUAAUGGUUGUUUUCAUUGCAAUUUUUGCUGUUGGUAUUUAUUACCUUUUCUAUCACUCGGAUAAAGUGAAGGAGAAUCAAGAGAAGAUAGAAAGGUUUUUGGAGAAUUACAGAAAUCUUAAGCCCUCCAGAUUCAGUUAUUCUGAUAUUAAGAGGAUGACAAAUCAGUUCAGGGAGAAACUUGGACUAGGGGGUUACGGACCUGUGUUCAAAGGCAGACUAGCCAAUGAUGUUUUGGUUGCUGUCAAACUUCUCGACAACUUCAAAGGAAAUGGGGAAGAGUUCAUAAACGAAGUGGGAGCAAUGGCGAGAAUCCAUCAUGUUAACGUGGUGCGUUUGGUUGGAUUCUGUGCGGAAGGAAAUAAACGGGCUCUUGUUUAUGAGUACAUGCCAAAUGACUCAAUAGAGAAGUUCAUAUUUGCUACCAAAAAUGGAAAUCGUUUCCUCAGUUGGGAGAAGCUUUAUGACAUUGCUUUGGCAAUAGCUAAAGGAAUCGAAUACUUGCACCAAGGAUGUGAGCAACAAAUCCUCCAUUUUGAUAUAAAGCCCCACAAUAUCUUGCUAGACAAUAGCUUCAUUCCUCAGAUAUCUGAUUUUGGUCUUGCUAAACUAUUUUCCAAAGAACAAAGUGUUGUUUCUGUAACAACAGCCAGGGGUACCAUUGGAUUCAUUGCACCCGAGGUACUGUCAGGGAACUUUGGUAAUGUGUCCCAUAAAUCAGAUGUUUAUAGUUAUGGAAUGAUGUUGCUCGAGAUUGUAGGAGGGAGGAAGAUCACUGAUGAUUUAAUGGAGAAUACAGGCCAAGUUUACUUUCCGGUAUGGGUGUAUAAUUGCUUGGACAGGGGAGAAGAGAUGGGAAUUAGUGUAGAUAACGAGGGGCAUGCCAAGACUGCAAGGAGACUAGCAAUUGUUGGACUUUGGUCAUCCAAUGGUAUCCAACAAACCGUCCUUCAAUGAAAGUUGUGAUUCAAAUGUUGGAAGGAGAAGCUGAUGCUCUAACAGUGCCCCCAAAUCCUUUUGCCUCUACAGAACGAAUGAAGAUAAGAACAACCAUUCCUAGGAAGCUAGUUUUGACUGAGCUAGCAUCGAUCUUUGAGUUAGAAUGAGAACAAUUAGGAAGAAUGAGCAUCUACUUCAGUUUGUUUUAAGUGAGUUGUAUCCGUUGAAGCAAUAAAAUAGAGAUGCAUUU